UUUGCAUAUUCGUGGUCUGUGGUUUGCAUUGUAGUAGGAAGAAAACAAGGAAUUAUUUACUAAAAUAAAAUAAACAUAAAACCAAGUAAUAACUCAAGUAAUUUGUUACGGUGAUUACAUAUUAUAUUAGUGUGAUGUUAUUUUAUUUUACCCUGAUCUAAGUUACAGCAGUCGUAAGGCACGAGGUUUAAGACAUACUUACCAAAAUGAAGGAGGAGGAGUUGAAAUAUAACCUCCGUCUGCUGGAUGAGUUGACAGUGGACAUUUUUAAGGAAAUCUUGCAAAUAUUCUACGCUACAGAAGAAUCCCAACCAGUCAAAGAACUAUCUGACCAGGCAUUAGAAUUUCUCGGAAAAAAUCUAAAAAGCAAUCCGGUGACGACCUCUACAGUGCUAAAUUUUCUGCAAUCUCAUACAACUGACACAAACGAGUUGCAUAAAAUACAAUUGCUCUAUUUAGACGUUUUGAAAACUGAGCUAACAAACAACUGUCCAGAUAGAGUGAUAACCAUUUUAUCAUUAGCGAGAUGGGAUGAUAAAUUGCAAUCCAUAUUUGUCAAUGAUAUAUUCAAACAUUUCUCUUACGAUAUAUUUCGACAGCAUAGAAAGCAAAUACUCAUUAGCUUAGUGACUCAUAGCAAACCUGAACUAAUAAACAUAGCAUCGGACAUGAUGCACAAAAAUGAGUCACAGAAGCAUUUCAAGCUCACAGCUGAAUAUAUGAUAGAGUUAUGCUACCAGGACAAAACACACUGGCUCUUGAAAGCUGCGCAAAUAUACAAACAGCAGUUGCAAGAUAUGAAAAACGUUACUUUCGAAAUUAAUAAUUUCACAAAGCAAAUCCUUAUAAUGGUGCUCAUUGAUCUCACAAAUUCUCCCGAAACAUACGAUCUACCGUCACUAGUCAAUCAAUUGACCAAUAUUUUCUCAAUUCUCGAUACAUACACGACUACAGAUCAUCAGUUACAGUUUUAUAUGACUGAGGUUAAAAGGGAAUUGACUGUUAUAAAGUUUUGUCUAGAAAAUAACUGUAAAAUAAUGUCUACGUCUAUAUUUAGUCAAGUGCUAAGCCAAAGCGCCCUGACUGUUAUAUCCCAGGUGUGCAGACUUUCCAAAGUCGACAGAUACAAAGUUUCGAGGCUAUUAAAUACAAACAAUGAUUUUAUAACCGAGUUGUUAUCAUUGAGUGGCAAAAAAACUGAUCAAAGUAGUACUAACUGGGACAUUUCGACAUACAACAGCUACUGUGCGAUAACCAAAGUAAUAGAUGCAAUAUUGAAUUCAUCCGAAAGUCUUGACAACACGCAAGAAAUGAGCACAUCGUUGGACGAUAUCAAACGAUUAGUCUUAUCAAUUCAACCUUUGCAAUAUUGUAUCGAAGUCAUAGAGACUAUAUUCGCGUGUUUAUUUCUGAGAUACGAAUACUUUUCUUGCUACGAACAUAACCAGGAAUUCCCUUGUGGCACGCAUUCGGAAUGCUCAUAUUUUUAUUCGAAAAAGCAGAACAAAAACUCUACAAACAUAAACAGUUCUAGUACAGGGUUCAUGUGCAAUGCUUUGACAACACAGAUCAUAUUGAAUACUCUAAAACUUUGCUUGGAGACGCUUAAAGAAAAAGGGAAUAUUAAAAGCAUUGAAAAUGACGAUCCAAAUACAUUUGCACGUUACAAAAGAUUGGUUAAUGUAGUUAAUCAUUCGAUAUGGAAGAUGCAACUGGUCUCAACUCUGUCGCCUGAUACAAGUCCUCUUCAGCUUAAGCUGUGCUUAGAUUACGUUGAAGUAGAUGAAAGCAGUGAAGACGAAGAGCGAGAGUUUGACCCGAAAGUGUUUCGAAAGAAACCCAAAAUGAAACGACGUCACACAAAUCCUAAGCCAGAAGUUGAGCAUGUUAUGCUCGCUUCUACAGUUUCUGCUUCAGAAGAUGCAUAUUCACUAAAGAAGAAUACGAUAGACUUCAUUUCAAUCAUGCUAGCGAAGCCAAAUUGUCUGGUGGCGUUGGCGCUGUACCAGAAUGACUUUUCAAAGGCGAAUCAGAUUUUAGAGAUGUUCGAUUUAUCAGAUUCAGAAAUCGCUACCGAAGUAACAUUUACCGAGCAAUUGAGGCAUUUGGUUGCGAAGAUAAAAAAUAUAAUUUGCUACAGAGAUUGUUCUCGCUACCCUUCUAAGGAAUUAUCUGCUCUUUCCGUUGUUUCGACCGAGGUCAUGGGCCUCGUCGAAGGAUUCCUGGCUUCAAAUCGAGCGCCCAACUCCUUUGAUAUUAUUGAGUUGGGCUCUCGACACCCGCAUUUGCAACUUUAUAACCAUCAAAAUGCUCCGUUCAUAAAUGCGGUUGACAUACUUUUGAGUAGCGGUCUCAAUAGAGAAAUUACAUACGGGCUCAUAAAUGUAGUCGAACGCAAACUGGCUGAAGUGAGAUGUAGCACGGAUGUCACGGCCGUUAAAAAGACUAAUUACAUCAGAUUUGUUGAAGAUAUAGCCAGCGUCACUUUCGAAAUUUUCGGCAACACGGAGAAAUCUUUCGAUUUCGUCGACAACGUUUGCGAAUUAGUAACCGAUUGCCGCAUCCCGAUCAAGCAUAAAGACUUCUGUAAAUUAAAUCAGCUAUCCAAAGAAUUGAGGCAGUGCUGCCUCGAUUUAGCAGACAUCGUGAAUCCUACCAAAGAAACAGUUAUAGAUGAAAAUUUACUACAGAAAUAUCACCAAAUCUAUAUGAAUGUUGUUGCCGCUUCAGAUAAAGACCUAUGUAACAUUGGCGAAGUGUCCCGUCAUGGAAACAAGAAAGCUAGAGUGCAUUACUUGAGAAAAUGUUACAUGUACGCGAAAUCUGUGGCACAAUUGGAACAAGAGGAUCGGCAAAAUGAAUCCUCAACCGAAGCACCAUAUUUUGCAGUACUAGAGAGACAAUUGCAUGAUAUAUUCGGUAAUAUGAUUAAUAACAAAGAAAUGCCCGUCACGUAUUUGGAGCCGAUAUGCAAGAAGCUAAACGUCAAUUUGAUUCCAAAGUUGAUCCUGAAUUUCUGUCCUUCCAUUACAUUAGCGGGGUCGUUGAGAGAAGCUAGUGAAGAGAACUUUAAUAAUCUUCUUCAAGUUGUGUUCAAUUUCAAGAAUUUAGAAGAGAAAUUAUUUGUAGAGCCUACUGCUGACUUUGCUCCGUUACCAAGAACCCCAGACCCGCAAUGUUUAACCUACGUUGUUUUACACAACUGGGUGCUCGCUCACAUCAUCAGGAAAAUUCACUCAAGCUUGAGCGAAAGCACGAGUCAGCAUAGUAUUGAUGCGAGAACGAAAUACCUUAAUAAAUACAUGGAUCUAGAAAGAUUUGAUAAUACCAAAGUUUUGUUUGCAAACAAUAAAUGUUUGGCUUCACUACAUACGAUUAUUGACUUGGAUAAAUUAUUUUUGUACAUGCCACAGUUACUUGAGUCGGGGAAGAUAUUGCAGUGCCUGAAAAUAAUCGACGCAUUGUCCGAAAGACAGCUAAUGUGUAGUGCGAAUUUGAUGAACUUGCGAGAUUUGAUGCUGUUUAAAAUAGCGACCAAUCCAAAAGUCCCUAACUGUUGGAAAUAUUGCCAAUACUUGAAAUGUUCCGAAUUGAAGUUUGAUUUAAUUCUGAACAAUUUAUCGUGCUGGCCUGCUGAAGGAGCAAUGGAAGCUAUAGACUAUCUGCGGUUCAUAUUGGAUCAAACGGCGGUGGAGGAAGGCUUAUACGAGAAAUGCAACGAAUGGAAAGUGAAGAUACCUAUUUAUGAACAGAUAUCUUCAAUAAUGGGUGCGAACCACUGGCACACAAUAUACGAGAAGUCGAUAGAAAACCCUGAGAGUAUAAUCGAGGUUUUAAUGGAUAGUCAACAGUUCAAGUUAUGCUUAGAGUGGGCAGACACGCACGAAGUGUCUGAACACAUGAAAAAUUUGAUAGUCGUCAAUCUUCUACGACAAUUCUUCGAAUACACAAAUCAGGCGACACCUUCCUUAAUACAAGACUUACUAACAAGGCUACCCAGCACUCAAGCUUUAGACUUGGUCGCUGACGAGAUAUCCAAGAUCAGAAAUAUAGAAAUACUCCAAGUUUGUAUAGACUUUCUAUCACAAAAUAGCACGACUUGGCGGUCCUUCGGAAACAUUAAAAUAGGAUUCCAAAUCAUGCUCGAAAUUGAAGCCAAUUCGAGACAUCUGUUUUGGGAUUUAAUAGAGAAACCUUUACUAAUGCUUGAGCAGCUCUUAAUGAAUGGUAAACUGGAAAUGUUGGCCCAAAUUAUAAACAAAAUUUCGCCGAAUCUGGAAAACGAUUUGAGCGGCGACAACCUUUACUACAACAUCAAGACUAUUGAGACGCUAUUGAUAUCUCGGAAUGCUGUCGAUAGUUUGCUGAGGUAUUACGCAGAAAAAGCCUUAGACAUGAAAAAUCCUCGACACACGUGUCCCUCGCCUCCCAAACCUUGGGACGAGUCCCUCCUCCAAUCCAUAGACUCUAUCAACAUCGAAGCCGCAUCCAAACCCUUCAUGAUGCCGGAACACGUGCCGUCGAAGGAGCAAUGGGUGGAGGAUUAUACUGUCGAUAGGUGCAUGCUGUGUAAAAUAUCCAUUUUCUCAAUGAUCAUUCGAAGGCAUCACUGCAGACGAUGUGGGAGACUGGUCUGUCACGCUUGUUCUAGGAGUCGGAUGCAGGUACCAUCUUACCCAAGCGGAGUCAAAUUCCGUGUCUGCGACGAUUGUUACACACAAACGAUGAACAGAAAAACAAAUUCCGAAUAUGACAACUUGAUGCUGAGCAGCAAUUCUGACUCCGCGGGCAGUGGCACCACUUGUAUGGACUGGUGUCUGUCCACCAACGCGACCAAGAACGAGGCUGUGAGAGCGGAGUUCAGCUAUGAGUUCACGCCUAAUGUCACACUUUGCCUGUCUAUUAUGAAGAUGCAUACCAUCAGUUUGGAUUAUCCAAGGUUUCUUCUAGACCGCAGCGACGAGGUAGCGCGCGAAUUAGCUAACGGGGGUGAUUCAAGGCUUUUGGUGCGAGCUCGACGCUCCUUGCUGCUAGCCGCUGCCGAGUUGUACUCGAGGGCUCCGAAUGAAAAGAGCGGUGGUAUCCGCGUGGCGGAGACGGGCGCGGCGCACGCCACUCGUUGUUUGGCGCACGCGGACGCGAUGGCCACACUAGUUAAACAUCAAGCACACCAUUUGGUCCCGCACCAGGGAGCGCAUCCAAGUCAAAUCGUCCGUUCGCUCCUCGAAGCCGAAAAAUGGGAGCUAGCAUUAGAAAUAGCAACAAAAUCAGGCCUUCCCAGAAACAGCGUACUUGCAGCUUGGGGCAAAGCUUGCUUAAAAGCCGGUUGCUUCAAGGAAGCCAGACGAAAAUUCGCUUUAUGCUUCAAAAACACACCAAUUUGCGUCGAUUUCGACGAAGUGGAGUAUGGAAAGGAAGCAUCUGAGUUCAACUUUGUAAAUAGGAGGUUGAAUCAUAUGAGGUCAUCUGAGAGGUCAAUAUCGACCUCUAGUGUGACCUCAGAGGGAAGAGGGAGGUCUAAUCCUCCGUUAUUAAAUGAAAUUAUCAGUAUGUUGGAGGAUAUGAACUAUCCUGUGAAUCAGCAACUGUUGGACAAGGCUGAGACCAUAAAGUCAACAAACGAGAGACUAUCAACGAUGAACACAAGUAAAAAGAAGAUCCAACUGACAGAACCGGCUCUAAACAUAAUGCACAUGUUAGCAAGCGUCAAAAAGAUCAAACAGGGCGACUAUAGUGACUUCCAAACCGCCAUAAUUCAACCUAAGAAAACCUUAGCACAGGAACUAUUAAGGCGGAACAACCAUACCGAAAUAAAAAUCGACCAUUCAAACAAAAAACUCGAUCCGUUCUUUUACAAAGAAUGUAUUUACUACCUAAGCAAUUAUGGAUCUCAUGUGGCGAAUAUAAUGUUUUAUAUGAAACACAGUAACCUGCGUGAGGUGAUACGAUACUGUUACGAUAAUAUGGUUGAGAAGGAAACAUUCACAGAGUCAGUGUAUAUGGAGUGUCUGAAGAGGAAUAAAGUGAAUGAUUUGUUGAAGGCAAUGGCUGAUAUAGACAGCACUUUGGAAAUGUGGUCGGAGUACAUAAUGCACAUCUGCCGCACACUGGAGAUCAGCAAGAAACUUGACGCACUGUACGCUCUACAAUGUGGCACGGGACAGCACGCGCGCGCCUCUGCGUCUUGCGCGCUACUGUACUCUCGCCCAAUACCGCCCGGCAACCCGCCCUUUGCCGUGCUGCAGGCCCGACAACACCACCUCGCUGCUGCGCUGCAUCACCUGAGCCAGUGCGUGCCCGUCACUAACAGAAUCAACGACCCAAAAUCAAUACAAUUCCAUCUAGACAAAGUGACAAUAGACAAUCUAAUGACCACCAUGUCUCGUCAAAUGGAACUAGCCAAGUACCUCGCAGCGUGUGAAGCCAGUGGCAGAUUGACGGAGAAGGUUGUGAGUGACGUCAUCCCCGCACAGGGUGGCAGGAAUGAGGGUGACUCGCGACCCUUGACCCUGUUUGGGUCGAAUACGGAUAAAAUAAGAAUCGUUGCUCUGGUGCUGGCGGGUGGACUGACCGUGGAAAGUGGAUUUGAUUUGGCUUUCAAGAUAGUGAGUGAGCACAAGUUGGACUCUAUGAAUAUCUAUAUACACGUAGCGAAGUACCUCGUCAACGCGGACCGCUUCAUGGAAGUCAAGACUCUCGCCAAAUGUAUCCGUGGCUCUAACGAAACUGCUGCUAGUCUGAUGAGCGACCAAGUGCUGGAAGCGGGCACGGCGGCGGUGGUGGCGCGCUGCGAGGCGCGCGGCCAGCUGCACGACGAGCAAGCGGAAUUGCUCAUCACUGACAUCUGCAGCCAUGCUAUCAAGAUAUCCUGUUACCUGGUGUGCCGGAACGUAAGCAGCGCUUACAUCCUGGCAGCCAAGCACGAGCGAACCAACGAUUUGAGGAAAGUGUUGCACGAGGCCGAGCGACUCGGCAACGAACAAGUCAGGAACGCUUGCCUCAAACGACUCACUUCCAAGAAUAUACUGGCAUAAACCAACUUAAGGGCUUCCGAGACAGGCAAGCUCGUACUUUUGUUUAGCUUGAUCAAGCAGCUUGAUGCUCCCGUCAAGCAGCGUGAGCCAGCAAAUGGCACUUUUCUUAUUUCCCGAACGUAGUGUCAAGCAAAAAUAUAAAAUUGCAUCAAACACCGUCAAGCACGUAAAUCCUUGACUCAAGUAUCAAGCAAACUUUGUAAAGUCAAAAUGUUUGUCAAGCACGUAAAUCCUUGACUCAAGCAUCAAGCAAACUUUGUAAAGUCAAAAUGUUUGGCUCAAGCAAAAACCUACAUGCUUGAUGUCAAGCUGCUGGACCGUCUCAUAAUCCCUUUAGACUAAAUAAGCUCUCUCCAUCUAGUAUUUUAUACUCUUAUUUCCUAGUGGAUACGUCAUAAAACAAAAGUGCUGUCUCAAUUUCAUAAUUUUAACACAGUUUAACGACCGUACAGUUCUAAAGAGCUUAGCAAGCAAACUCACAAAGAUACUGCGUUAACCUUGAUCAGAUUUGGUUGAGUAGAUUACCUCGUAUAAUAUAUUAUAUCAUGUAAUAACAAAGAUGAAGUUGAAGGAAGUGUUUUACGUCUUAACUGUACGUUCGCUAAACUGUGGUUUAGCGGUUUUUGCUGGGCUAAAAAAAUGAAUACAUGUUUAUAUAGAGUUUAUAUAAUUUUGUUGCCCCUGAAAAAACUGUUAGGUGCUAUUAAAAUAUAAAUGAUGUGAUAAAAUAAUUUACUCUCUGUAAAUAAAAUCAAAUUACGAUAUUAUAUUAUAUUAUAUAAAAAAUGCUUUAAGUAGUAAAUACAGACCUGUUUUUAUUUCAAUUUAAAAAUCAAAUCAAAUGUAUUGUUAUAACAGUUGACGAAAUGAAAACUAAAUUAAGAUACCAAAGUUGUUCCUUUUCCAUUCCAAACCAAAAAGGCAAGGAUGAGUUGAGUUAGUAAAGUCCAUUUUAAAGUUUUAUGUUAUAUGCUGGGUAAAUAAUUCCAAACUAUAUUUAUACUACUGGUAUGAUCGACUGUGUCCGACUUUGUCUUUGACUUUUUUUAGACUUAUUGGCAGCCUAAGCAAAGUGACGCGUCUUUUCUAUAUUAAUCAUUGUCUGAUAAUGAAAAUGAAAUCAUAAGGAGGAAUUCAUUUCUAUUUCAUAAUGAAAGGAAAAUUCCACAUAAAUUAAAGUAGGUACAUACUUACAUUAAUGAAGACCUAAGACUACAGGCUUAUGAUGAAAUUACAUGAGUAUGAUGAAAUCAUGAAAAUGUAACUUAUUUAGUAAAGCUAAGCUAUUUAGUUUGAAACGAUUUGUAAAUGAUGCGUCGCUGAACUUCCGUCUAAUACGCUAAUAUACUGAGCCUUAUAUUUACUCAUUAUUUGUAUGAGUUACCUGACAUUUUCUCUCAAAGAAAUUUCGCAAUGGAGUUGCUUUAAUUAUGUUAUACAACAAAUUAUAUUCAAUAAUUAUUAUUAUUAGUAAAUAAUUAACGUUAGCUUUUAUGUACCUACAUAAAGGUUUGUAUUGUAUUGUUAAUUUGUUUAUAUUGGUCUCAUCUUGUGAUAUAAAAUGUUGGUAAGAUCUAAAAAUAAAAUUAUACU